UUUUUUCAUGUUCCCUGGAUGAUUCUGAUACUGAGCCAAGUUUGAGGCAGCAUCUCUCUAAUAUGAUGAAAGUGGGAAGUGGGGGGCACAUAUGCCAAAGCACAGGCCAGAGCGAUUUUGUUUAAUGUAGGAAACAAAUCAUCAACCCUAACUCUCCUAGCUUGACAUGUAGAGUUGGCUCUGAGGUUAGACCCACCUGUGGGACCCUGGAAAUCAGGCCUUCUCUGGGAGUGGGCCAUGAGCUGGCUGUAAACUAGGAGAGCGAUUAUGAAGGUAGACUUCCUCCAAGCCAUCCCAGAUGCCUGACUUGUUCUCUUCUUUUCCCAGUUUGUGGCCCAGCCCAAUUGCCAACAGUUGCUUGCCACUCUGUGGUACGACGGCUUCCCUGGAUGGCGGCGGAAACACUGGGUCGUCAAGCUUCUGACGUGCAUGACCAUUGGGUUCCUGUUUCCCAUGCUGUCUAUUGCUUAUCUCAUCUCACCCAGGAGCAACCUUGGGCUGUUCAUCAAGAAACCCUUCAUCAAGUUUAUCUGCCACACAGCGUCAUAUCUGACCUUCCUCUUCAUGCUUCUCCUGGCUUCUCAGCACAUCGUCAGGACAGACCUCCAUGUACAAGGACCUCCCCCGACUGUUGUGGAGUGGAUGAUACUGCCUUGGGUUCUCGGUUUCAUUUGGGGGGAGAUAAAGGAAAUGUGGGAUGGUGGAUUUACUGAAUACAUCCAUGACUGGUGGAACCUGAUGGAUUUUGCAAUGAACUCACUCUACCUGGCAACUAUUUCCUUGAAGAUUGUAGCCUAUGUCAAGUAUAAUGGUUCCCGUCCAAGGGAAGAAUGGGAAAUGUGGCACCCGACUCUGAUUGCAGAAGCUCUCUUUGCGAUAUCCAACAUUUUAAGUUCGUUGCGUCUCAUAUCCCUGUUCACAGCCAACUCCCACUUAGGGCCUCUGCAGAUCUCUUUGGGGCGCAUGUUGCUCGAUAUCCUCAAAUUCCUCUUUAUCUACUGCCUGGUACUGCUGGCUUUUGCCAAUGGAUUGAACCAGCUUUACUUUUAUUAUGAGACCAGAGCAAUCGAUGAGCCCAACAACUGCAAGGGGAUCCGAUGCGAGAAACAGAACAAUGCCUUCUCCACGCUCUUUGAAACCCUUCAGUCCCUCUUCUGGUCUGUAUUCGGCCUUUUAAAUCUCUAUGUCACCAAUGUGAAAGCCAGACAUGAAUUCACAGAGUUUGUGGGAGCAACCAUGUUUGGGACAUACAAUGUCAUCUCCCUGGUAGUGCUGCUGAACAUGCUGAUCGCCAUGAUGAACAACUCCUACCAACUUAUUGCUGAUCAUGCUGAUAUUGAGUGGAAGUUUGCAAGGACGAAGCUCUGGAUGAGUUACUUUGAUGAAGGUGGCACCUUGCCACCUCCUUUCAACAUUAUCCCCAGCCCCAAGUCAUUUCUAUACCUUGGCAACUGGUUCAACAACACCUUCUGCCCUAAAAGAGACCCUGAUGGUAGACGGAGAAGGCACAACUUGAGAAGCUUCACAGUAAGGCCUUUAAAAAUUGUCUCUUUGUAAAACUGUUUUCUCCUUUCUCUCCUUUGUGACAUUCCCUAUCUCGAACAUCAUAAAACUAGUCCAACCUACAGAUGCUUUGGGGGUUUGUCAAGCAGCAGCUCCUGUGUCAUGUUCCAGUC